GGCGCUUCACGCUGUUUGGGGGGGAAAAACGCACCGUGGUGGCUGAAAACUUCGGGAAAAAUGGAAAAAGUAACGGCGUAAAGACUUUAUCCGUUCACCCGCGGACAAGAUAAGGAGCUAACAGCGAUUUAUCUGCACCUUUUCUCCCCGGAGGCUUGUUUAAACUGACAAUGGUGUCGAAGGAGGACAAAACGCAGAUUUUCUCGCAAUUCCAUUGAAAGUAUAUUUACUUCAUGGAGAAAGGAGCAAGUCGGGAGUCAUGAGCACAGGUGUGAAGAAGCCUCCACUAGCUCCCAAACCUAAACUCCCUGUCACCACCAAACCCUCUCCCCCGCCCGUCGCCCCCAAACCCGGCCUCCUCCCCCAGUCUUCGGUCAUCUCCCAACCUUCCCCUGCUACUCUCAAGAGGACAAAACCGGCUGUCGCCCCUAAACCGUGCAUCCGCAGAUCCACGGCCUCGUCUCCGCCGCCUUUGUCCCCCCCGCCACCCAAACCCACCGAACCCCUCCUCACCCUCUCCCAGGAGCAGGAGGAGGCUUUAGGCGACAGCCUCUCGCUUCUCAACUCCAAAAAUGGGAUUUUAUCGGAGAGUAACGAGCGUGAAUCGGACUACAUCAUUCCCACCUGCUCCUGUGUGCUCGAGGACUGUUCCCAUCAUCUGGAAAAUGGAAAUUUUCCUCAGGAGCGGUUGCAGAAUGGGAUUUCUACGGGAGGAUUGGAGGAGGAGGGAGUAGCUGUACCGAAGAACGAAGGUGGAGGGAUGAGUAGAAAGCCCAGGGAUAAACCUCAAAGACAGAGACACCUGGAUCGGGUGUCGGUUAACAAAGAGGCACGGAGGACCGAGGAGCGGAAGGGGGACGCUUCAGAGACGGUAAAACAUCAGGAGAGUGCUGUUGCUGAGCCCAAGGUUUCAAAAGCGGAUGUAGAGACCGGAAACCCAGAUUUUACAGACUCAGCCUGUGAUGUUGCAGGCAGCAUCAUUUUCUCCUCAAGCACCGUUCAGGUAGAGCGCAGCGAGCCUCCUACCCGGUUACACCCUGACCUGCAGGUCCCGGCUGCCCCCAGCAAGCCUCUCCCGGUCCCCCACCCGCGGAAACUUAAAAAGCCGGCCCUGGUGAGGCAGGACGGCGUGGAGGGCAGUGCCCAGGAUCAGCUGACGGAGGAGCAAAAACGGGGGCUUGAGAUGCGAGAGGAGGGCGAGGAGCUCAAACAGGACACGUGUGACGACCCGUUACCCCAAAAAGACUCAGGUUUGGAAGACGAGGACACCGACGCACCCGUCCCGCCUCCUCGACAGACCUCCCUCUCUCCUCGACUUCACAGAACAGUCCGCCACGUGCCCCCUUCUCUAAACAAAAACACCUCCCACUCCUUAGUCCUCCUCUCGCCACCUGAAUCAAUGAGCCACAAAAACGAGGGCGAGGGUCACCGGAUGGAGGAGGAUGAAGAGGACGGGUACGGCGACUUUGAGCGCUACCCGAUCACUCACAGCCUCCCGAAGCAGAUCAAACUGGGCUGUCACCCUCCGCUGGCCAACGCCAGGAAGGCGUUUUCGGCCGAGGACCGGCGGUCGCCGAGGGCGCCGCCCAGAAAACCUCAGAGGCACAGCCUGCCAGCACCCCCUCCUCCCUCCGCCUGCCCUCCCGCACCUCCACAUGCCAACACCCCCAUGAGGGAGCUGCCGGCGCCUCCUCAGGAGAAAACAGCCUGGCGCUUCACUCGACCCUGCGUGACCUUCUUCAGCCGGCAGAUGCCCACCAGGAGCAGCGUGCCGCCAAAGAGCAGAGCGCCGGCUUUGGGGGGAAAGCAGAGGGCGCAGUCCUUCUCCGCAGCUGACCUGGCGACCCGGGCCGACUCCCAAAAGAGGAGCCUCUCUUUCCGGAAGCUGCUGGAGCUCAGGCUGUCCGUGAAGAUGCUCCCGAAGCUGUUGGUGAAAGGAGGCCAGUCUCUGGACUGUACCAGCGUGGAGUCGAACCGGGGCGAGAAAAGCCUGGAGCGGCCCAAGAGCUGCAUGGGGGAGGUGGAUUUUUGCGGAGAAGGCGGAGAGGAAUCAGCAGAGUAUGAGAACGUUCCUCUGUAUGAGGAAAUCCCCGAGUACAUGAACCUACCGUUUCACAGUGCGAGGCUGGGCUGGCCACAUGACCCCGAUGCGGCCGAUUCAGACAUCUAUGAAGUGCAGGAUCCCUAUCACAGAUACCCGGACCAUGAGUAUGAGGGCAGUGGCUGGCUGAGGCAGGACAUCCACUCUGAGGAAGAGGAGAUCCACAGUUCAGACGAAGAGGACAACAGCUCCACCUCCAGCAAGGAGAACCUGGACGAGGCAGACCGACAGCAAGAGGAUGAGAUGAAGAGGAAGAAGGUGGUGCACAUCGCCCAGGAGAUUAUGAGCUCAGAGAAAGUGUUUGUGGAUGUCCUGAAGCUUCUCCACAUAGACUUUCGGGAUGCUGUUGCCAAGGCAACCCGUCAGAAUGGGAAGCCGGUGGUGGAUGAGCGGAUCCUCAGCCAGAUCCUGUAUUACCUGCCGCAGCUCUACCAGCUCAACAGAGACCUGCUGAGAGAGCUGGAGGAGAGAGUGGCACACUGGAGCGAUCACCAGAGACUGUCGGACAUCUUCGUCCAGAAGGGUCCUUACCUGAAGAUGUACUCCACCUACAUCCGCCAGUUCGACAACAACGUGGCGCUGUUAGACGAACAGUGCAGGAAAAACACCGCGUUCGCCGCUGUUGUCAAGGAGUUUGAGAUGAGUCCAAGAUGUGCCAGUCUGGCUCUGAAACACUACCUUCUGAAACCAGUGCAGAGAAUCCCUCAGUACCAGCUGCUGCUCACAGAUUAUCUGAAGAACCUUCCAGAGGACUCUGAGGAUUACAAAGACACACAAGCUGCCCUCAGCAUAGUGAAAGAAGUGGCCAACCAUGCGAAUGACAUUAUGAAACAAGGGGAUAACUUUCAGAAGCUAAUGCAGAUUCAGUACAGCCUCAAUGGUCACCAUGAGAUCGUUCAGCCGGGCAGGGUGUUUCUGAAGGAGGGCACUCUCAUGAAGCUGUCCAGGAAAGUCAUGCAGCCACGGAUGUUCUUUCUGUUCAAUGAUGCCCUCAUGUACACCACUCCAGUCCAGUCUGGCCAGUAUAAACUCAACAGUGUCCUCUCUCUGGCUGGGAUGAAGGUGAGUAAACCCAGCCAGGAGGCCUAUCAGAACGAGCUGAACAUUGAAAGCGUUGAACGCUCUUUCAUCCUGUCUGCCAGCUCGGCUACAGAGAGAGACGAGUGGCUGGAGGCCAUCGCCAAGGCCAUAGACGACUACACAAAGAAGAAAAUAACCUUUAUAUCAAGUCGAAGUCAGGAGGAGGCGGAGGGCGUUGUUGACAGCGGGGCCCCGUUGGGUUCAAAAGCUCCCAUCUGGAUCCCAGACCUGAGGGCCACCAUGUGCAUGAUCUGUACCUGCGAGUUCACCCUCACCUGGAGGAGGCAUCACUGCCGCGCCUGUGGCAAGGUCGUGUGUCAGGCAUGCUCGGCCAAUAAGUACUACCUGGAGUACUUGAAGAACCAACCAGCACGUGUGUGCGAUCACUGCUUUGCCAAGCUGCAGGAGAAUAGUGACCGUUGUGCCUCAACGUCAGUUUCUCCAAUCAAAUCUGGAGCUUUCCCCUUCACGAGAAAACAGAAGAAAAUUCCUGCUGCACUAAAAGAGGUUUCCGCCAGCACAGAGAAUUCCUCCAUGAGCGGCUACUUAAACAGGUCCAAAGGCAACAAGAAGCAGUGGAAGAGGCUGUGGUUUGUCAUUAAGAAUAAAGUCCUGUACACCUAUGCUGCCAGCGAGGAUGUUGCGGCGUUGGAGAGUCAACCCUUGCUCGGGUUUUUCUUGAGGGAGGAGAAGAACGGGCCGGCUCAGAAGCUGCAGUUCAAGCUGUAUCACAAAAAUACGCUGUUUUACAUCUUUAAAGCUGACGACAUCCCCACUGCACAGAGAUGGAUCGAAGCCUUCCAAGAGGCAAUGAUUCUCGAACAGUAAAUUGGAUUUACAGCAGUGAAGUCGUAUCACAGCCCCGGAGCCAGUUGAUAGACAACUUACGACCCUUGAUUGAUCUCAGGUCAAGGGUCACCAGCUCAGGAAGGACUCCGGAUGGACUGUUUACUUUAAACAGAAACCCACUGCGCCACAUACUGUAUGUCUGAAACCAGACUGCUUUUUCCCCUCAAACUCGAACUGGAUUCUGUUUCUCCAAACAUAUUUUCUAUCAAUAACGGCUACUGAUGCUCAGCAGUGCUGGCUGAGGUCACAGUUAAUAGUUUGUCGCAGCUGUGGGUCAAAGGUCAAGUCCGGAAGCAUGUGUGUGGAAGUGAGACAGAACAGUUGUCAGGAAUAUUUAAAGCCCUCGGAAAUCCCGGGAAGUCUGGGAAUUAUUUUUAAUUGUAAAAGGAUGAAGGAAUUACCUUUUUGUGUGAAACAAAAUAUAGAAAACUAUCCGCCUUCAUUCGAUCACGUUGACCUUGGCUACACUUAGUAGUUUAAAACCAUGUUAUUUUGUUUGGGAAAAACCCAAAGAUUCAAUUUUAAAAACACACACAGAUCAUAAAAUAUUCAAAAUGGUAAAAUGUUUCUCCGAAUCGUGGAUGCAAAGUAUCGCAGAUGUCUGUUCAAGAGUUUAACGAUGUAACAAGGUGGGAUUUUACUGUGAAAAUCCAGCUUCUACAAAGAAACAGGAAGUUGAUGUUCUACUCUUUGGGUUGAUCUCUCUGGUUAAGAGAUUUUACUCCUGUAUUUUUAAAAACUUAACAUACAAAACAUUUAAGUCAUGGGUUUAAAAAAUAAAUAAAAAAACAGCAUCCUGGAGAGAACUGGAAAUGUCAUGAAUAUUGUAGAUAUUUUUCAUACAAUUUAAAAUGUAUUUUUGCCUGUUUAACCACAUUAGAAAUGGUUAAUGGGUAAAACUGUGUAUAUGGACAUGAAAGAGCAACAUUGACCUUUUUUUAUAUAUCAAAGCCAAGAGCUAAUAUUUAUAAAAUAGGAAGAUUUAUUGUUUGAAAAGCACAGGCUGCCACUUAUUUUGGGAGUCAGGAUUUUCUAGGAAAUGUGUUUCCCAUCAAAACCAUUAUUCUUUUAAAUUUAAAAGAGAACUGCUUACAGAAAAGGGGCUUUUUUUUUUAUGAGCAAAUACUGUGGAAAGUAUGCAUGAACUAUAUUUCUAAGGAAAUGCUCAAAAGGAAGAAAACAUUUUUGAAUUUUGAUGCUCGUUUUUUGCCGACAUUGUGCCUUAUAUCUCCUGUUACGAGAUAAAUUGCAAUAAUAUAGGUGCUCUGUUUGAAAUUCUUCACUAAAAAAGGAAAAAUGUAAACAUGACUACUCACUUUCCAGCCAGGGUACUCUGGGUUUGUAGUUUUAAAAUCAGUUUUCAGGGCUGUUUCUUCUUAGUUAGGUUGCCAUAUGUUGCACUACCCCAUUAGGGUGAAUGAUUCCACAGUUGAAGAAACAGAAAUCCUGCUUCUUCUUAUUUUUUAGUGAAGGAAUAAAACAGUUAAUACUGUAAUUAUAUCCCUUUUUCAUGUAUGCCUCGUUCAGAUUUUUCGGCUAGUGAGGUAGAAACCUGCAUCCGCCUGGUGUGAAAAUGCUAGUCAGGAGCUACCAAGCAUGCGUUUCUUCAUGAUUGUACAUUAACAGUGACCAUUUGUAAACAUCUACUCUAUCAGAGUUAGAGUCUCCUAUAAACAAUGAUUCUAAACUGUCAGGCAACAGUUUUUAAUAAAAAUAUAUAUAAAUAUA